AAACAUUAAUCUCCGCCCUCCCUCCUCUCUCUCUCUCUCUCUCUCUCUCUCUCUCUAGUCCCCACCAGAACUCAAACAAAGAAAGGAAGAAGCCAAAUACCCUCUUUUGCUCGUGUUUUUUCCUACAUACCAACCUGCGCCUAUUUUGGCAUGAACAUCUUCUUACACAGUGAUUGUUAGGAGUUAUAUAUUUACUUUUUGUACGUGAAAAAAAUGGGUUCUCCGUCUGAACUAAGCCUGGAUUGCAAACCGCACAGCUAUUCUUGGCUUCUGAAAUCGUUUGGAGAUCAGGCAGAUCAUACCUACAAGCUUGAAGAGUUCCUUUCUCGGCUCCAGGAAGAACGUCUCAAGAUUGAUGCCUUCAAGCGCGAGCUUCCUCUCUGCAUGCAGCUUCUUACUAACGCUAUGGAGGCCUCAAGGCAGCAACUUCAGGCCUUCAGAGCAAAUCAAGGCACGAGGCCAGUGCUAGAAGAAUUCAUACCCAUCAAGCAAUCAACCUCUGAAAGCUCUGAGAAAGCAUCCAACGUAUCAGACAAGGCAAAUUGGAUGACAUCUGCUCAAUUAUGGAGCCAAGCAAAUGAAGGGACCAAGCCGCAGUCCACAAUCACAUCCCCUAAAGAAGCUGAUAUUGGUUUCAGUGUGAGCCCUAAGCUGCCUCUUGACAACAAACAGAGGAAUGGGGGAGCCUUUCUGCCAUUCUCAAAAGAACGAAACUCAUGCCAAGGUGGCUCCACAUUACGGAUCAUCCCAGAGUUAGCCCUCUCCUCUGUUGAGAAAGAAAUGGAGGACAAGAAAUGCACAGAGCCAGAAAAUGCAGUGUCAUGCCCCAAGAGGGAAAAUUCCGGUAAAGCCGGCGGAGGCAACGGUACUGGAGUGGUCACUGAUCAAGGCAAAGGGGUUUCAGUUGCAUCUGAUCCGCAAACAACCAGCACCAUCAACACCACUAACCAAGCUCAGAGGAAGGCAAGAAGAUGCUGGUCACCCGACCUGCACCGCCGAUUCGUAAAUGCUCUUCAGAUGCUAGGCGGAUCUCAAGUGGCUACUCCAAAGCAGAUAAGGGAGCUGAUGAAGGUUGACGGUUUGACCAAUGAUGAAGUUAAAAGCCAUCUCCAGAAAUAUAGGCUUCACACACGACGUCCAAGUCCAAGCCCACAAGCAGCCGGGUCACCAGCACCUCAGCUCGUAGUCCUAGGAGGAAUCUGGGUCCCACCGGAGUACGCCGCCGCCGCCGCCCACACUGGCGCCCCGGCCAUCUAUAGCCCACACCCAACCUCCCACGCGCCUCCACCGCACUAUUGCACCGCAACACCAGUGCACCAAGAAUUCUACGCUGCAGCGGCGCCGCAGCCAGGUCCGCCGCACCACCACACGCUGCUCCACCACCACCACCUUCAGAUGUACAAAACGAAUUCGCACCAGGGCUCUCCGGAAUCAGAGAUGCGAGGAGGGGGAGAGAGGUCGGAGAGUAUAGAGGACGGGAAGUCGGAGAGCAGCAGCUGGAAGGGAGAGAGCGGGGAGAACGAAGGGGAGCGGAAAGGGCUUGCGGCACUGAGAGAAGAAGGAGAAGAGAGUCAUCGGAGCGAGACGACCCUGAAAUUCUAGGGUUCAUGAUAGAUUCAACAUUAGGGUUUUUUUCUAUGCACAUGCAUGAAUUGACGAUGAGUGGUCAAGUAUUAGUAUUAGUAUUAUUAUUAUUCAUUCAACAAGCGAAGAAAAGGAAGCACAUAUCAUGUGUGUCGCCACAACUUUAUUAUUAAUAGGCACCUAUAUAUGUAUAUGUAUGGAUAUGGAAGUGGAGAGGGUAAAAAGGGCAUAAAAGUGAGCGUUUGUUUUGUUCCGUUUUGUUUUCUAUGCAUUCAUAUAUGUGUUAUUUACUCCAAAAAAUUACUACGGGAUUCCAUCUACGUCUCUCUCUUUUUCUGUUUUUUUUUUUCCCAGAGAAAAGCAAUUGACAUUGUUCAAUUGUUAA